AUGAGGACAGCAUGCCCGGAGCUUGCAGCAGGUCAAGGUGGCAGCCCCGGCCCUAGCGGGGCCUCACAGGGGAGCACAGAGAAAGCAGCAGGGGCACAGGUCAAGGAUGAGUCCCACUCGAUGGAGGUUCUGGGGAAUCCUGUGGCUUCCACGAUGAUGUCAUUUGCUGGGUCACAGCACAUGACCCUACCUGCUCUGGGGUCUUUGUCCCCUGGGCUCUGUAGCAGGCUUAGUGAGCUCACUUUUCUGGACUGCAACAAGGACACUAAAAAGGUGUCACAGAAGCCCGUGCAAGCUACUAUUGAAGACAAUGGCGAGAACAAAUUAAGAGGGCAGAAGUCCAGGAAUGUAUUUCAUAUAGUCAGCCGAAAACACUUUAAGGCCACCAACAAAGCAAAACCAGUUACCACUAAUCUUAAGAAGAUAAACAAGGUAAACAUUAUAAAUGAUGAAAAAGUCAACAGAAUAGAUAAAGCUUUUGUUAAUGAAUAUACGAGAUUUGCACACUUCUUAAAAGGACUUUCUCUUGAAUCUCUGUAGAAAGAACUGAUUCCUCAGUAGCAUCUUGAAAAUAAAGUAGUUAGUAUUGAAGCUACAAAAUUGAUGGCUCAGUUCUAAUAUAGUGGUGAUGCAUCAAAUUCCCCCCAAAGACCAAUAAAUUAAAUGUUUUUUACAAUUUAAAAAAACACAUUGUACAGCUCUAGAGAAAAAUUCUUUAUAUCCUUAUUCUAUGAACUUUUUUCUCUUUUAAAAGUUAAGUACUUUUUAAAAAAAAUCUUUUUUGUUAAAAACAGACACAUCAGCUUAGGUCUACACAAGAUCCUGA